GAUUUUUGUCACUAUACAAACAUAUUUAUUAUUAAUAAGAGAAAUAAUUUAGUUGUUUUUUUCUCUUUUUGCGGUCUUUUAUAGACUGGAUUUGAUCGGAUCAAAUUAACGUUUAUCAAAUGAUGAUCUCAUAUGUAGAUAUAUGAAUGAAUGAAUUGAUGGAUGGAUGGAUUUCCAUAAAGUUAUAUUCUAAUGUAUAUCCUUCUUUGAACAAGAAUAUUGUAAAUUAUUAUAUAUCAUGUUAAUUAUAUUACUUCUACAUAGUUUAUGCUUCAAAUUAAUUUACACUAGUCCUACAUCAACAUCAACAACAUAUGGUCAACAACGUUGUAUGAAACCGGUACCAAUACAAAUACCAGAAUGUCAAAAUACUUUUUAUAAUUAUACUGGUAUGCCAAAUUUAAUUGGACAAGAGACACAAUUUGAUGCAAGACAUCAAUUACAAACAUUUAAACCAUUAAUUACUUAUAAAUGUUCAUCAAAAUUAAAUUUUUUCUUAUGUUCUAUUUAUACACCAAUGUGUGAUGUAAAUACACAUUAUUUAAUUGGACCAUGUCGUCCAUUAUGUGAACAUGUACGUGCUAGAUGUGCACCAGUUCUUAGAGUAUUUGAUUUUAAUUGGCCAGAAAAUUUGAAUUGUUCACAAUUCCCUUUGAAAAAUAGUGUUGGUGGUGCAAUGUGUAUGGAAGGUCCAGAAGAUUUAGAAGAAGAUAUCAAUUCAUCGAAAAGUGCCAUCAUUAGUAGUAUUAGUAGUAGUAGUAGUGAUAGUAAUAAUAUUAAUAAUCUAGAAUUAAAAGACAAAGUCAAUAAACCAAAUCAUAAAGAUUUAUCAUUAGAUCCAUCUGUUAAACAAAUGUUACAAGUCAUCACUUUAGACAAUGACAAAAUCCCCAACAAUCAAAUGAAACAAGUACCAAUCAAAGGAACAAAAGAUAAUGAUGAUGAUAAUGAUGAAGAACAAUUAGAAUUAAAUCAAAUUAUGGAGAAAUUAACCGGUGAAUUUUUAACAACUAAACCAUUUCUACCUAAUACAUUGAUUACAUCACAUUUUAAUAAAUAUCCAUUAUCAUUACCCCAAUUAGCUCAAUCAAUACGUUAUUGUUCCCAUUUUAAAAAAUCAAUAUUUUAUAUCUAUAUUAAUCGUACUGGACGAUGUGCACCAUUAUGUGAUUCAAAUAUACUAUAUACAACAGAAGCUAAACAAUUAUCAAUUAUGUGGACUAGUAUAUUAGCAUGUAUAUGUAGUUUAAUGACAAUCUAUACAUUAAUACGUUAUGUAAUGAAUUUAUCCCAUUUUCGUUUCAAUGAAAAACCAAUUAUUUAUAUUGCAUUAUGUCAAUUAUUUUAUGCAUUAGGUUUUGGUUUAAGUUUAAUUCUAGGUAGAACUAAUAUAACAUGUGGACAAGAUUUAGAUUCUGGUCAAAGAAUUCGUUUACAAGAAGGUUUAGAUAAUGGUUUAUGUGUAUUUAUAUUUAUAAUACAAUAUUUUUUUUCUAUAGCUAGUUAUAUAUGGUGGACAAUGCUUGUUAUACAUUGGUCAUUACAAAGAAUUAGUAUGAUUACAUCAUAUAUUAAUUCUUAUUGUUGUAAUACUCAUUCACCAAAAUUACGUAAUACUUGUAGUCAUGAUAAUAAACAAUUCAAUAAUGAAGAUGAAAUCAAUACUGAAUCAAAUUGUUAUUGUUUACCAAUUAAUUCAUUUUGUUUCUGUACAGAAAAUUCAUUCAAUUGGAAUCAAUCAGAAAUUAUUAUGAAUGAAAGAUUGAUGCAACCUUCAACAAAAAAGCAUCAAACUACUACUACUAAUAAUAAUAAUAAUAAUAAUAAUAAUAAUCCAAACAAUCCAACAGUAAAUACAAUACCUAUAAAUGUACAACAAAAACAGUAUCAACCAAAUUUUCAAAAUACAUUAAAUCAUACAAUAACUAAUGGUAUAAAACGAGAUAAUAGUAGUUGGUCAACAACCAUAAAUCAUAAUAAUCAUGAUUAUUGUCAACAACAGAAAUAUAGUAUGGUGUUCACAUCAAAAUCUGAUCAAGUUUCAGCUUGUUUAGCUAGAGAACAUGUGGUAGCAUGGUUGACAGCUGGUUUAUUUACUGUUGGUGUUCUUGUUAGUAGACAAGUUGAUGCAGAUGAAUUAAUUCCAGUUUGUGGUGUAGGUCGUCAAAAUACCAAUGUUCUUGGUGCAUUUAUUCUUGGACCUCAAACUGUUCUAAUCACUUUAGGAAGUAUUGCAUUUACAAUUGGUUUCUUGUGUUUAUUACCAUGUUUUCGUAAAUGUAAAUGUUUUUAUUGGUCACAGUGUAAUACUAAUGGAAAUCAAUCAAGUCGACAUCAUUCUGUUCAAUCUAAAAAGCAAAAUUAUAAUCAAGGGAUAGAUAAUCAACUUAUUGAUGGUAAUCCCACAUUUACAAGAUCUACGGUUAAUAGAUCUCAUCAUCAUCAUCAUCACCAUCAUCGUCAUCAUCAUUAUCAACCUACAUCUCAUAAUAUUCAUCAACCUCAUCAUCAUCCAUAUAACCAUCAGUCUCUUCGUAAUCAUUCUUCUCAACGUUUCAAUCAAAAAUAUCCUCAAGAUUUGUGUUAUACAACUUCAAUGUCAUCAUCAUCAUCUUCAUCAUGUGAUCCAAUGGAAUUUCGUAUUGGAUUAUUCUGUUUUCUAUAUUUAAUCCCUCUGAUUUGUAUGAAUGCCUGUGAUUUAUAUGAAUAUUUAUAUCGUGAUAAAUGGUUAACUGUUCCCGGUUAUAAACAGCGUGUGGACGAUCAUAGUACUAGUGUGAAUACCAAUAAUCAUAGUAAUAAUAAUAAUAAUCAUAAAUUAAUCAAUAAUCAAUAUCCUAACAAUUAUGGGACAAGAAAUCAUCCAGAGAUAAUGAAUUUUGCAUCAUAUUUAUGGAAUAUUAAUGAGGUCUAUGGUCCAAAUCCAGAAUUAUUUAUGUUACGUAUAUUUAUGUCACUUGUCACUGGUUUCACAUGUAGUUUAUGGAUGUGGACUGUGAAAGGUUGUUGUCAGUGUUGUUCUUAUUUUAACUACAAUUGUUGUUUAUCUGUAACAAAUAAUAUUGAAACAUUAAAACAAAAACAGUGGGAAAAUCAAAAUUUACCGCGAAAUUCAAAAAUAUUCGAAUUGACCAAACAAAACUAUUUAUGUUCAAAUGAAUUUAUUAAAAAUAAUGAUAAUAAUGGUAAUAAGUAUAAUUAUAAAUCCAAGUUUACACGAACACCUGAUGGCACUACUUAUACACUACAUCCAUAUGCAAUUUAUCAACAUACCAAAACACCAGAUAAUUAUCAUUCACAACAAUUAGGAAUAAAUGGACAAUUUGAUCAUCGAUUUCCAAUCAUUGGUUGUUAUAGUAGUACUAGUCUUACUAAUACUACUAAUAAUCCUGAUAAAAAUCCUUCGAAUAUACCAUCUUUAUUAACUAAAGGUCAUUUAAGUCAAUUAGAUACAAAUUUUGUUGGGCGUGAUUUAGAGCAUUCAACUUCUACUACACCAGGUUAUUAUAGUCAUGCAAAAAUUAGUCCAAAUAUGAUUAUUGAUUCAAUGAGUGAAGAUGCAUCGGCCUCGUCAAUUCCACCACCUUUACCACCAUCUAAUAAUCGACCAUCACGUUUACCUGCACGUGGUGAUCCAUGUGUUGGAGCAUCAUCAAGUCAAGUAUUUGGAUUAAAUAACAAAAUGAAUACAGAUAAUUUAGAUAAUCAUAUCACUAACAGCACCAUGAAUAAUAAUAAUAAUACUGACAAUAGUGAAACUGAAAAUUAUAGUUUAAUUCAAUUUCAAAUCACAAGUUAAUAUAAGUAGUAUAUCAUUAAUUCUGUUUAUGUAGUAUAUUUACUUAUAUACAAAAUGAACAAUAUGAUCUUUUUUUCUUCUUUAUAAUUUCAUUCUUAUAGUUGUUAUUGUCGAUACCGUCGUCAUUGGUGUUAUCCCAUAAAACGAUGGGGUCUACAUAAUUUUUUCCUCAAUUUCCCCCCUCAGCCCCCCUCAAUCAUUGUGAUCAUUUAAAUUGUUAUUAUUUUGUCUUUUAAAUUGUAUUAUUUUAUUUUUUAAUUAUUGAUUUCUUAAAUGGUAGCCAUGCAUUUAUUGGAUUAAUGAAAUUGCCAUGAUUUCUUUUAAUGUAUUUAAUACAAUAUACUCUCUUCUGUUCCUAAGUGUGUAUUCAUUACAAAACUCUAAGUAUAUUUAAAUAUGUAUUCGGUCUUACAGGGUACAUUUACAGUUAUCGAAAUGUAGUUAUUAUGUAUUAUAUGUUAGUAAUUAAUAUAUGAGUAGACUAGGAAUCUAAUCUUAGACAGUUAUGUUACAUAAAACAUCUUAUAAACAAAUGAGUUAUUAGUGGUGGUGGUGUGUAGGAGCAUGCGCAUGACAACUAUUGUAUCCCCCCAUGUUCAGUGUUUUCUUGUACAAUAUUCAAUAUUCAAUAAUGGUCGUGAAAUCUCUCUGAAUGUAUUAUUUAACUUAAUUUAUUUAUCAUUCAAUUAUAUUCGUUUGUUCAUUAAUGAUUAUUCGAAAAUAAUAAGAAUGAAAUGGAAAGAAAAUAACAAUAUGAUUAUUGAAUAAGAAGUGUUUCAUGUUUACAAUAUCUACACAGAUAUAUUAGAUAGUGUCUAUGAGUAUUUUGGUGAAGUGUAUACAUGAUAUAUAUAUAUACAUGAUAUUAUAGUGAUUUCAAUAGUUAAGAUCAUGAAUCCAUUGAAGCUAGACCACCAUGGAAA